UCUGGCAACCCUGGUACAGUACACGCGAGUUAAGGAAAAGGAACCUAUUUGUCUGUAUUAUUAACGAUCGCCAAUCAAAUGACAGAUUAUAAAGAAGAACAACGGAACGAAAUAGAGGCAUUGCAAUGCAUUUAUCCUGAGGAAUUUUCACUUCUAUCAUCAGAUAGCUUUUUAAUCAGAGUAACAUCUGAAUCAAGUAGUCAGGAAGAUGAAGAAAAUGAAUGUGUUUGUGCUGAAUUACAAUUUGAGUAUACGCCUACCUACCCGGACGAAGCCCCAAAAUUCCAAGUUGUUUCCUGCAGUUUAGAGGAAGAGCAUCAGCAGGCGUUAUUGCAGCUUUUACAGGAACAGGCUGAAGAAAAUCUAGGAAUGGUUAUGGUAUUUACAUUAGUAUCUGCAGUACAAGAAUACCUUAAUGAAAGUUUAGAUAAUAUUAAAUUAGCUCGUGAAAAUGCCAAAUUAGCAGAAGAAGAGAGACAAAGGAAGGAAGAGGAAAAAGUAUUUAUAGGAACACCAGUGACAAUAGAAACGUUUUUAAAAUGGAAAUCAAAGUUUGAUGAAGAGUGUGAAUCACAGCGUAGUAAACAGAAAACAGCUUCAGAUGCUCAGUCAAAAAAAAGUACAGGAAAAGAAUUAUUUGAACAUGGAAAUGCUAGAGAUGACUCAGAACUAUCAUUAUUGGAUGAAGGUGAUCGUGUCGAAGUAGAUGAAUCGCUGUUUGAAGACAUAGAUGAUCUUGAUUUAGAAGAUGAUGAUCUCGAUAUCGAUGCCUGAUCUCACAUCAUGAAACUCAACUGACUCAUAAUGAACAAUUUAGAGAGAGUAAUCCAUGCAGUAACCAUUUGAGACCCUCAAUGCUUUGUUGUUUUCUUACUUGUAAUGUUCUCCCUGUGGUGAAUAUUAGUGAUAUGUCUAUAUAUGGGCAUGAUGCUGUCACAUGACACCCACUUAUUGGCUAAUCAUAAUUAUUUGUCACAAACUGAGAAAUCCUGAUUUUUGCUUAAACCCGAAAUCUUGAGAAGGUGAAUUUCUUAGCCAUCAAGCCACACUUUCGCUUUAAAUGAAUACAGAAAACAUGAAUAUUCAUAAGUAAUCAUAAACAUUCAGCAUGUCAAAGUUCAUGUCAGUAAAUAAAAUACUUCUCUGUUGGUGUUCAGCAAAUUAUAGGUUUCUAUUUAUAUGAUAUUCAAUAUUUCAUUUUUUUUUAUUACUAUAUAGUAUUAUAUUAUAAAGAUUUAUAAAUGGUCUUCUAUCUAGCGCAGCAUGCAAGUACCGUAUUAUUAUCAAAGAAAAUUGAAUAUAGAAAAUUAACAACAAAAGUAUGUAAAAUUUGAAUGAAUAAUACAAUAUGGAAGUAUGGACAAAAUAUAACUAAUAGGAAGAAUAAUUUAUUAUUAUUCUCUUCAUUAUUAUUGUCAUUUAUUUCUUGAAUAUUGUAAAUAUUAGUAAGAUUUUGUUAUGGUUUAAAACUAUUGAUAAAUUAAUUUACUUAAACAAUUGAAUAAUUGUUUACAUUCAGGUGAAUACAAUACAGUUUUUUGGUUUUUUUUUGUUAUUGAGGCUGUACCAAGUAUUGUCAAUAGCGAACUUGAUUUCUCUCUAAAACUUAGAAACAAGAUGACAUAAUGAUGGCUAAAAUUGCGGUCGCCCACUCUUCCCCUUCCCCAGUUUUUAGACUUAACAAAUCUGUAUCUCAAUAACAUUUCCCGAGUUUUUUGUCAAACAUCAGUAGAACAUAUCUAUUCCCCUCCCCUCCCCUCCCCUCCCCUCCCCUCCCCUCAAGAUCAUAGCUUUAAGCAAUGAGGCGGUAUAUAAUGAAAAUUUGAAUACUCAGUUUCAUAGAUAUGUCAUAUUGUAUUUAGCUGAUGUAUCAAUUUAGAUAAAUGUUAAAAAGGAAAUCUAAUAAAAAUGUUAAAAGUAGCUUAUUGCCAAAUUACCCAAUUGUUGAUAUGACGUAUUUUAAGCUUGGUUUCCAUACAAUUGCUACACUGUCGCUACAAUCGUUGCACUGCGAAGCAGUCCACGACGCAAUCGGGAACACUCACCGAUUCGUCAAACCAAUGAGCAUCACCGAAAGCUGUGGGCGAUAGCGUGUAGCGAUUGAACAUCGCAUCAUGACCAUAUAUAGGCAUAUCAUGACUAUAUAAAGGCACAUCAUGACCAUAUAUAGGCACACCAUACAACAGUUUUUUUGAGCGUGGACAGGGCUUCACGUUAACGUAUGCUGCAAACAUCUAAUAAACAAAAUUUUUAAGAAAAAUUUAUUUUGAAUAUUUUAAUCAUUCACAACUAGAAAUACCAUAGAUGACAUUUUGGAUAAUCAGUGUAUUAAUAUAUGAAUUACUGAUUUAUUUUCACCAAUGCCACUUGCUAGCGGGUCUAGCAACUCUCUUGUAACACAAACAAUGUGCUGCAUUAUUUGAAUGAUUUGAAACAACUUUUUUAAAAAAAAACCUUUUUUUUUCUAAUUAUUUUGAUCGUAACUGUGCUGGGCUUCAAAAGUGGUUUAACAAAUUCCUCGCCAUUAUUGUAUAUUUCAAUCGUAAUAUCAUAAUAAAGGUUGAUAAGAUAGCAA